ACUUUAAUAUUUACCGAGAACUGUGGGAAAGCGUCGAAAUGAGUUUACAAUUUACCUGGCGAGUACAACUACUCUCGUGUGUAUUGAGUUUAUACAGCAGAUCUAUCAGCGCGCUUAGGAUCGCUGCCAAUAAGCAAUCGUGACGUCACAUGCUUCUUCUUAAUGCGAGCGACGCACACCUGCAAUGAGCUUGAGCCACUGCCAUGCGGCCGACCGCUAGAGAUGUCCAGGAAUGAGGCAAUGAGGAAUUUGAUGUAACCGUAAGGACAAGGAACUUGAUGACAUUUUAAUUAAGAUGCACAACCCAAAAAUUUACCGUUUGUCAUUAAUUAAUUAGAGCAACAACAACAAUGGACUGAUGCGAACAGUUGUUGCUAAUGUCUGCCAAAAAAACAAAACAAAGCGAAAUAAAACGAAAUCAAAAAAUAAAACAACUACAGAAAAGAACGAAGCCACAGCAUGCAACAGCAGCAACAUCAACGGCCCAGCAGCAGCAGCAAUAACGGCAACAAAUUAUUUGCUAGAAUUGAGCAAUUUGCUAGUUCUGCGUUGCGUAUAGGCAAUAUUAAAAAUAAAGUACGAGCGCCCAGCGAAACGGCAAGAGCAGAUCACCUUGUCUAGAGAUCAUCCAUUCGGAAGAUGAACAAACGCGGCAUUAUCAUUCUGUGCAUCAUUGCCACGCUGCUGUGCAUUGUGCUCGGCGCGAACUUCUACUUCAUGUACUAUCUCAACGCCGAAGAGAGUCAGCUGGCGAGUGUGCGUGCGCUGGAGAACAUGAUCCGGCACAAGAUACGGCAUCUGAAGCCAGCGUAUCUAAAUCGCAAUCCUCGCUUCUUCAUGUUCCGCAACAAGCUGCUGAAGAACUACAAGCAGGCCAAUUACGAAAAUGCCAGCGUGCUCUGGGAGAUAGCCAACUGGUGGCCACACGAGAACGAGAUCUAUCCCUUGUACGACUCCUCAAUGGGACAGCUGCUGAAGACGUUGCGCGACGAGCCCAUCACCAGGGCCAGUAAUUUGGCACGGGGCACACAGCUAAAGCUACUGCUACGUCUCAGCCAGCAGCAGAAGGUAAUCUUCAAGCCACAAUGGUAUCCACGUGACGUGGUCAUAGAGGGCGUCGUCUAUAGCGGCAAGGAUCGCCAUGUAGCCGAGGUGUAUGCCUUCUAUUUGGGCGCUGUGCUCGACUUGCGCUGGACACCCAUUGUGGUCGGUCGCGUGGUGAAUCUCAAAACUGAGAUCUACGCCCACGGCGAUCAGGAGCUGCAGAACACAAUAAAAAUUGAAGUGGAUGAAGAGGGCAAGGAGACAUACUGCCUGUAUGGCAGGUGUCACUACUGCAACGAGGAGGAGACUGUCUGCGGCGAUGAGCAGCACAAUAUCGAGGGCGUCAUUAUCUACAUUGUGCCGGGCACGCUGGCCAAACGGCGUUCACCCUGGCAACGCACCUACAAGGAGGAGAAGCGCGCCAUUUGGGAAGAUGAUAUGACCUACUGCAAAUCUCUCAAGAACAAGAUGGAAACAAUGCGACUAUUGGACCUCAUAGAUGUGGCCAUAUUUGACUAUCUGAUACAGAAUGGAGAUCGUCAUCAUUACGAGACGCGCGAAGAGCGCGUGGUGCUCAUUGACAAUGGCAAGGCGUUCGGUAAUCCCAACAAGGAUCAUCUGGAUAUACUGGCACCGCUCUAUCAGUGCUGUCUCAUACGUAAAUCCACAUGGGACCGUCUACAAGUAUUCUCGGGCGGCGUUUUAACCGAAAUCGUUGAUCGUCUGUCCAAACAGGAUGCUCUCUAUCCGCUCAUCACGGACAAGCAUAAACGUGGCGUUGAGCGCAGAUUACUCGUGGUGUUCGCUGUAGUGGAGUACUGCAUGGACAAGGAGGGUGACAAGAUGUUCAAGACGCUCUAGUUCCAGUUACAGAUUAGCUAAGGUCUAGGUUGUUAUUAGGUUUAGUAAUUCAAGUGCCCAAAUACACGUAUUCUAUCUA